AUGGAUCCCAAAUAUUUCGUCUUAAUUUUGUUUUGUGGACACCUGAACAAUAUAUUUUUUUCAAAGGCAGAGACAAUUACAACAGAGAAGCAGUCACAGCCUACCUUAUUCACAUCAUCAAUGUCACACGUAUUGGCUAAUUCUCAAAACACAACAGGGAAUCCUUUGGGUCAACCAACACAAUUCAGCGACACUUUUUCUGGACAAUCAGUAUCACCUGCCAAAGUCACUGCUGGACAACCAACACCAGCUGUCUAUACCUCUUCUGAAAAACCAGCAGCACAUACUUCUGCUGGACAACCACUUGCCUAUAACACCAAACAACCAACACCAAUGGCCAACACCUCCUCCCAGCAAGCUGUGUUCACCUCUGCCAGACAACUACCAUCUGCCCAUACUUCUACCACACAACCACCAACGUCAUUUGUCUAUACAUUUACUCAACAAUCAUCAUCUGUCCAGAUCCCUUCUAGAAAACAAAUAACUGUUCAUAAUCCAUCCACACAACCAACAUCAACUGUCAAAAAUUCACCUAAGAGUACACCAGGAUUUAUCUUAGAUACUACCAGUAACAAACAAACCCCACAAAAAAACAAUUAUAAUUCAACAGCUGCCAUACUAAUUGGUGUACUUCUGACUUCUAUGUUGGUAGCUAUAAUCAUCAUUGUACUUUGGAAAUGCUUAAGGAAACCAGUUUUAAAUGAUCAAAAUUGGGCAGGUAGAUCUCCAUUUGCUGAUGGAGAAACCCCUGACAUUUGUAUGGAUAACAUCAGAGAAAAUGAAAUAUCCACACAAUGUACAUCAAUCAUUUCACUUACAUCCUGGAAACCAAGCAAAAGCACACUUUUAGCAGAUGACUUAGAAAUUAAGUUGUUUGAAUCAAGUGAAAACAUUGAAGACUCCAACAACCCCAAAACAGAGAAAAUAAAAGAUCAAGUAAAUGGUACAUCAGAAGACAGUGCUGAUGGAUCAACAAUUGGAACUGCUGUUUCUUCUUCAGAUGAUGCAGAUCUGCCUCCACCACCUCCCCUUCUGGAUUUGGAAGGACAGGAAAGUAACCAAUCUGACAAACCCACAAUGACAAUUGUAUGUCCUCUUCCAAAUGAUUCUACUAGUCUCCCUCCAUCUCUGGACUGUCUCAAUCCAGACUAUGGAGAUCAUAAAUCUGAGAUAAUACAAUCAUUUCCACCCCCGCUUGACUCACUUAACUUGCCCCUGCCACCGGUAGAUUUUAUGAAAAACCAAGAAGAUUCCAACCUUGAGAUCCAGUGUCAGGAGUUCUCUAUUCCUCCUAACCCUGAUCAAGAUCUUAAUGAAUCCCUGCCACCUCCACCUGCAGAACUGUUAUAAAUAUUACAACUUGCUUUUUAGCUGAUCUUCCAUCCUCAAAUGACUCUUGUUUUUCUUUAUAUGUUAACAUAUAUAAAAUGGCAACUGAUAGUCAAUUUUGAUUUUUAUUCAGGAGCUAUCUGAAAUCUGCUCAGAGCCCAUGUGCAUAGAUGAAACUUGUUUUUUAAAAAAGUUAUUUAACAGUAAUCUAUUUACUAAUUAUAGUACCUAUCUUUAAAGUAUAGUACAUUUUACAUAUGGAAAUGGUACGUGUUUCAAUAAUUUAAGAACUCUGAAACAAUCUACAUAUACUUAUUACCCAGUAGUUUUUUUUUCCCUGAAAAGCUGUGUAUAAACUUAUGGUGAAUAAACUUUUAUGUUUCCAUUUCAAAGACUGGGGUGGAGAGGAAUAAGAGACUAAGUGUACACUCCAAGUUUUAAAUUAAUACCUCAAGUAUUAAAUAAAUAUUCCAAGUUUGUGGGAAUGGGAGAUUAAAAUGCAUGUUUGAGAAUAGAGAAA